AUGUCUGCAGGAGGAACCAACAAUCCCACUGCUCAGCCUUCAGCCUCACAGCCGGAGCGGAGCGGGGCUGAUCCCGGUGCUCCCGCAGGCAUUCCGCCGAGCCCCGGCAGCCUCGCCGGUAGCGGCGGAGCCGAGCCCGGCCACUCCCAGCCUCGGCAGCGGGACCGGCCGCCAGCACCGAGGCGCCACCGCCUUCCCGACCUGCCCAGGCAGCUGGCGGUGCGCGCCUCGGGAAGGGCGGCCGGACCCGCCGGGAGCGCCGCUCGGGGCCCGGGAGCACCGAUCCCUGCGGCGGCGGGGGGCCGCCUGCCGCCUCCGCCCCCCCAGAGCUGGAGACCUGCCCCGCGCGGUUAUCCCAGGGCUCCCCGGUGCGGGCAUCCCGUUCCCGCACGGCGGCCGCGCUCCCCUUUCCCGCACGGCGGCCGCGCGCCGCCGCUCCCUUUGUUCGCCGCCCCUCCCGGCGCGGCUGCGGCACGGCGGCCCCGGAAUCGGCACCUCUGCGGCGUGGCACCCACUUACCGCCUUACAAAGACCCGGCCCGCCGCCGGGAGGGAGGGAGGCGAGAGGGAGGGAGCGGGCUGGCUCUUCCAUCCCCUCUCAUCCCGCCCCGUCCCAUCCCGUGCCGUGCCGGCCCUGCCCUGGCCGCCGGCGCCGCGCCCCCCGCCCGUCUCCCAUCCCCGCUCCCGCCUCCGCCACCCCCGCGCCCACCGCCGCUUUCGCGCCACGCGCCCCAGGGGCCGGCGCGGGGGCCAAUGGGCGGCCGCGCCGCGGUGGCGGGCGGCGCUGGUAGGCGCAGGGCGCAGCCAAUGGGAGGCGGCGCCGCCGCGCCGCUUUACUACGAGCGGCUAUGGCCGCCCGCGGGGGCUGCGCGCCCCGGGCACGGCGGGAGGGACGGGCGGGCGGGCGGGCGGACAGACGCGGGGGGAGGGCGCGGUGGGGCCGGUCCGGGCGGGCUCAGUACAAGGGGCACCGCGAGUAAUGCGGGAUCAUUACCAUAUGGGGCUCCUCCGGGGCUACAGGGACCCCCGCCCCCGCCCCGCAGCCCCCCAGCACGCAGCCGCGGCGGCGCUGCGCGGGAGCGGAUCCCGCUCUCUCUCCCCCGCCGCCUCCCCCCACGCUCGCACCCCCUCUUUUUCCUCCCCCUCUUCCUCCUCCCCCCCAACCCAUAGUGCCGGGGAGCGGGAUCGCCCAGGCACGACCCCGAUGAAUAAUCCCCACCGCCUGGCACGGCGGGGGAGGAGCGGGGCGGGGGGGGCGGGCAUUGCGGUGCCUUUUCCCCUCCCUCCCUGGGAUCACACCCCGCUCGCACGGGGGGAGGUGCGGCCGCCCAGCCGUUUUUGGGCGGAGGGGGCGCUCGGAGCGGUCUCCCCCGGCGGAAGGGCAGAGGCGGCGCAGACCGGAGCCCACCCAACUCCGGUUUCCCCUUCCCCCGCCCUCCGGCCCUCUCUAAACUUGUCCUGUCCAGCCUCCCCCCACCCCUCUCCCCGUCCUUCACCCCAGCCCUCCUCCGUGAGUGUGUGUGCGCCCUAUCCACUCGCUAAUUGA